GACAACGGAGUGGAACACUAAUCCAAGCUAAUCCGACAAGGAACUUUACUCAUUCGCUUUUACUCUACACACGAUGAGCCCUCAGACAGAUUUAAAGGAGGUGAUUGACUCUGAAAUCAAAGAGUGGCACUUUCAUAUCUACUUUCACCAAAGAAACGCAGACGAGCACCACGCUGCCCUUGAGCUUCGUGACGCCGUCUUACGUCUUCGCAGGGAUGGUGCCUUCGUCGCAGUACCUCUCUUCAGAGUGAACACAGAUCCGAUAGGCCCUCAUCCAGUCGGAUCGUACGAGAUCUGGUGUCCUUCGGAGUCUUUCGUUUCUGUAUAUUCGUAUCUUUGCAUGAAUAGAGGUAACCUCAGCAUUCUUGUACAUCCAUUGACGAAGGAAGAGAGAAAGGAUCACGAAGUUCGACACACAUGGAUAGGCCCGUCGUUUCCUCUUGAUCUUUCAAUGCUACCAGUCAGGAGCGAAAACAUUCCUCUGCAAUAUGCAAGUCUCAAGCUAGGAUACUCCUCAAAUGCGCCGAAGCUCACGUUGGAAGAACGCAAGCAAAUUGGAGCCAACGUCGAGCGGAUUCUCAAGGACGAGAAAGAGGCUGCGAAGGCUCCUAGUGAUUAACGUUUGUUCUCUUUCACUCCGCUCUGGCAAUGCAAUCAUGUAAUAUAAUACCUCGAGGACCGAAGACAGUGCGACUGAUGAUAAAUGGGUCACUUCUACAU